AAAGAAAAAAAAAAGUGCAGGGAAAAAAAGUGAUAAGCAGCUUCUGGGUUUUGCUUUCAAGCGCACUCCUGCUGAAUCGGCGUGAGUGUGUAUGUGUGUGUGUGUGUGUGUGGGGCGUUCACUUUUUUUGCCUGCCACAGUAGCAACACAUUGCAGCAGCGUCGGCCCCGAACAAAAGGCUAAACGCAGCAGAGCCACAGGAGGAGAAACUCAGGGAUAAAAUCAGGCAGAGUGGCCCAGCUUGACUGCAUUUCUCAGAGAAGAACCCAACCUGCCAUUUACCCCUCCUGGUCCUGGAGUGAAGACUACACUAGACCAGUUUAGGCUGCCUGUCCGUCUCUCUGAGCUGAUCGUUUUUCUUUUACUUUGUCUUUCAUUCAUACACAUCAGUCUCUGUUAUCCUCUUACUGAGAUUCCUGCACCUGCCGUUCUUCGCCUGGGCCUCCUUUUCCUCUACCUGUCAUCCGAGAUGUCAGAGGAUGACUACCGUUCGCCCAUCGGCCUGGACUGUUGCAGUUGCUGCCUGGACCUGGCCAAUGGUUACGAUGAAUCUAUGGCCAACACUUCGAAUCAGGGCCUGCCAGCAAGCCCCACCAGCCCCAGUGUCAGUCACUUUCGCCAGCUCCGCAACCAGCUCAUGUACCAGAACCUGAACACGGACAAGCUGAACAACAUCAUGAGGCAGGACUCCUUGGAAUCUGUGGUCAGGGAUCCCUGCUUCCUGCUCAAUGAGGGAAUCUGCAACAGCAACAUUGACCAGACCAUGCUGUCUAUACUGCUCUUCUUUCACAGUGCCUCUGGUGCUAGCGUUGUGGCCAUCGACAACAAGAUUGAACAGGCAAUGGAUCUUGUCAAGAACCACCUAAUGUACGCGGUGCGUGAGGAGGUGGAGAUCCUCAAAGAGCAGAUCAAAGAGCUGGCGGAGAAGAACAACCAGCUCGAGAGGGAGAACUACCUGCUGAAGAACCUGGCCAGUCCAGAGCAGCUGGAGAAGUUCCAGUCUCGCAUCCCGACAGACGUACUGUUACCCCUGGACAAUCUGAGCGCCCAGAUGACCCCAGACCAGCAGCCGCAUCUGCCCUGCAACCACAGUGCUGGCUCUGCUGUAUAAGUGGCUCUGCCUUGGGGCGGGCAGAGCCACUGUUUCUUUACAGUAAUGGACCUCCAUUUAAACCUAGGCGUGAAAAAAUCGCCACCGCCGAGAACCCUUCGUCAAAAUGAAGGUGAAGCAUCGGGGCAGUAAACGAACGAUGGGACACAAAAGAACUGUUGACACUGUUAAGCACAAAACAGAACUUAAGACGCUCUGUGCGGUGUCAGGCCCGUUCUCUGAUACCGUCCAACUCUGUCGUAGUCUCUCUGCGUUGACAAAAGUGCUAGAGAGGGCCGACUAGGCACCGACGAGCUCUUGCUUUCAGACGGCGGGGGGCUUUCCCUGCCUAGCCGAACCUUUCCAACAAACACCCUUUGCUCUAGCGACAGGGGGGUGUGAGGAGGUGCUGAUCGGGCUGGCCCUGCAGGUGCUAACUUGGAAGGUGUUGGGGAGGAGACCCAUCUGAGAUGGUCCUCCAUGUCUCAAGGAGAAGAGCCCCAUCAUGUGGAUUUGUCCGAUCUCAAAAUACAAUUUUGAAGGACUCCCAGCCGCACAUUUCAGCCACAUAACGGGGACUCUUCCUGUACCUGCAAUGUAUUGCUCAUGUGUUCGUGUACUUUUAAGCAUAACAAGAAUAAUCAACAGGAUAAGCUAAGGCAACAGAGGUGGAGGUUAAUGCAGUAUAGCCUGUUAGAGCUGGUGGGCCGCUGCAGUAGACUAAUGAGUAUACUGUAAUGAUUCAUAAAAUGUAAUCAUGUAUCGCCUGCAGUUGGGGUUUGCUGCUUUUUAUGGGGGAAAUUAAUCCUGCUACAUCUUCUGUUUUUUGUUUGUGAUUCGGAACAAAAGUCAGUCGUUUUUAAAAUAGGAGCGUUGUAUAGAUUUCUUUUUUGUAAUCUUUGGGGGGGACAGGCAUAUCUGCCCACCAUGUACGCCUAGCUCUUCACAGGAAGGGAUAACUACAAUGUACAUAAGGUUGAAACGUCCGAAGGUAAACGUAGCGGAGAUGGUGAGCAAGCAGAAACCAACAUUUGUCGCUGCAGAUGCACUCCUGAUUUUAGCAGCGUCAUCCAGUAUCUGUUCAGUUUCUUGCUCAGACGCCAACUUGAAAACGAUGGCAUGACAACAGUGCCUGUCCUUAGUAAGAGAGGAACACAUUUCCACACUGAGCUCUUCUGUUGUUUUCUAGCUACCAAAGACUUUUAGCCUUUUUUUUUUUUUUUUUUCUUCUUAUUUCUUUUUUUUUUUUCAAACAACAGAAGACGAGCAAACCAGGACCUCGUGUGAAACUUCACAGGGAGAAGUCUUGUUUGUAGCUAGUACUAAAGUUUGUAUGUGUUUUGUAAAGAUAAUGGUAUUGUUGCUGUAAAGUAUCCUCAAAAAAGUUGUUCACUAUGGUGUAUGGAUACAACUGCACAUUUGCAAUAAACCUUAUGUUUACAUAAUACAAUA